AAUGGCGCAGCGGACCGGCGGCCGGGAGGAGGCGGGGCGAGGCCCAGUCAGGGCAGGGAGGGGGAAUUGUGGAAUGGCGGACGGCCGGGCUGGCCCGCCCUGGUGGUAGCGAGCCGAGGGGGCCCGGAGGGCAGAGCCGUGGAGAGGGAACAGUGCCUGAAGCAGGUCCACCAUGCCGUUAGUAACGAGGAACAUUGAGCCAAGGCACCUGUGCCGUCAGACGUUGCCUAGCGUUCGGAGCGAGCUGGAAUGCAUGACCAACAUCACCCUGGCAAAUGUCAUUCGACAGCUGGGCAGCCUGAGUAAAUUUGCAGAAGACAUAUUUGGAGAGUUGUUCACUCAAGCCAACACCUUUGCCUCUCGGGUGAGCGUUCUGGUCGAGAGAGUUGACCGCUUGCAAGUCAAAGUCACUCAGCUGGAUCCCAAAGAGGAGGAAGUCUCCCUGCAGGGCAUUAACACCAGGAAGGCCUUCAAAAGCUCCACUACUCAGGACCAGAAGCUCUUUGACAGAGAUUCUCUCCCCGUGCCUGUCCUUGAAACCUACAGGACCUGCAAUACUCCUCCACCCCUCAACAUUCUCUCACCUUACAGGGAUGAUGGCAAAGAGGCGCUUAAAUUCUACACAGAUCCUUCGUAUUUCUUUGACCUUUGGAAAGAGAAGAUGCUUCAGGACACCAAGGAUAUUAUGAAAGAGAAGCGGAAACACAGGAAAGAGAAAAAGGAGAAUCCAAACCGAGGAAAUGUGAAUCCGCGGAAAAUCAAAACCCGGAAAGAAGAGUGGGAGAAGCUGAAAAUGGGGCAGGAAUUCGUCGAGUCAAAGGACAAACACGGUCCUGCUGGGUACCCCUCGAACAUGGUGUAUCAGAACGGCAGCAUCGGUUCGAACGAAAGCAUGGACAUGAACUGCUACCCGCCACCGCCGCAGACUGACUCCAUUGUGCCACCACCUCCUUCGUUCCCAGAUGACAGCCUGCCGCCGCCCCCGCUGGAAUUUAGCUAUCCUGUAGACAACCAAAGGGGUUCUGGUUCUGGAGGAACCAAGCGAUCCAGCCUGGUCAGCCCGAGUCACCCGCCGCCAGCCCCUCCGAUCGGCUCCCCCUCGGCAGCCCGGCCGGGCUUUGCUCCCCCUCCAGCGCCACCUCCCCCGCCGCCGCUGAUGGGAACCACCCCGCCCCCCCCGCCCCCCAUGGGCUUCCCCUCCCCGGGAACCCCCCCGCCACCCUCACCCCCUUCUUUCCCUCCUCACCCCGACUUUGCUGCCCCCCCGCCACCACCGCCCCCUCCAGCGGUGGAAUACGCCAGCGUGCUGCCCCCUCCGCUGCCGCAGCCGGCCGGGGGCACCGCACCACCUCCCCCGCCACCACCCCCUCCUCCCGGCCCCCCACCGCUGUCUGCCGGCGGCCUGGACGGGCCCCCGCCGCCCCCUCCACCCUCCGACACCUCCACCUCCAAGCCCAAGUCCUCGUUGCCGGCGGUUAGCGAUGCCAGGAGCGACCUGCUGUCAGCCAUCCGUCAGGGCUUCCAGCUCCGCAAGGUGGAGGAGCAGCGGGAACAGGAGAAGCGGGACGUUGUGGGCAACGAUGUGGCAACAAUCCUGUCGCGCCGCAUCGCUGUGGAGUACAGCGACUCUGAGGACGACUCUUCAGAGUUCGAUGAGGACGAAUGGUCGGAUUAACCACGGUCCCGUCCCUUUCCUCCCCUUCUCUCCUGGGUUAACGUCUUCUUAAAGAAUCAGGUGGCCAAACCUUCCACCAUUCCCUUUUCCAGCCCGUAACCAAAGAUGUGCCAAGGGUUUUCAGACAACCAGCAGCAUAUCUCCCCUCUCCUUGCCCCUCCGGCUUUGGCAGCACUUUGUGCUCUGCCUUUCCCAAAGGUCUGGCGGACGAUGAGGAUGCGGUGUUGGGAUUUAGCUGGAGGGGCUGUAACGGUUGCUUAUUUAAAAAGAGAGCUAAACCUCCCGAUUCUCGGUGCCGCCGGGCAGAGCACACAUAAACCCUCCAUCCGGAGGGUUUUUUUACAGUAAAGAUGGAUGAUCCUGUUGCAGCCACGUGGCCUUUCAGAUGAAGGACAUUUUCAGCUAGUUUUCUCAUUGCAACAGCAGACAGUUGAUCUGAUGACUCUUCCUUUCCAGUGAAUACUGGUAGUGCUGCAAGAAAAUGGGCUUUAAAUGUCAGUUCUCUGCUGCAUCCCGCUGUCAAAUAAUCAGUUUUUGGCAACAGUGCACAAUUCUUUCCCCUCUGACCCCCUAGUAUUAUUUCCAGACUGCCCUGCGUGGGGUGCGCUCCCUGGCUCUAGGGCUGCGAGCGCGUUGGGUGCGGUGUGAGGAGGGACCCUUUGUUGGGUUUCAUUUCAAAACUGCCUUUACCUUCCUCACAUCUUCCGCCUGGUCUGCCCCAGGAGACUCGCGUAAAGGGACGCCACGCCGGGGCAGAGCGGUCGCUCGACUUCUCGCCUGUGGGAGAGCAGAACCGCUGCCCCACUGAGACACGUGGGGAUGGGCAGCGCCCAGCGGGGCCAAACUGCUGCUUUCUCCAAUUCAUGCUGAGAAUGUUUUUAUAAAGAGAAGUGCCUAGAGCAGGGAGAUGGCAUGGGGAGGGUUCUCUGUGGUUUUCCGUGGCCUGUUCGGGGCGAUGCUGCAGUCGGUUUGAAGAGGUGCUUUUUCUAGCGGGGUGACCAUAUUUUUUACACAGGGACUUAAGUAACAGCAAAUGCUGGUAUUACCUUUGCUUCCUCCUCCCUUCCGCCUAAGGAGGGGAGUUCGUGUGCCUAAAAACAUGUCGCGUGUGAACUGAGUUGCCUGUCGGUUGCAUCAGACCUAACCUCCAUUGUUUUCUAUAAUUUUGUUGUUAUAAUUCAUUAGCUAAUUUUAAGAAAGCAUUUCUUCUCCUCACUAACCCGAUGAAUCCCCAGACUGCUCACUACAGUACUGGCAAGGGGGGGAAACGGUGAACUUGAACUAGCUGACCUAGGUUUUAUUGCUGUUUUAUAUUACCUUACAUAGAAUAUAAUCUAGAAACAAAUACCCCCAGUGCUACAGAUGUGCAUUUCAAUCUGGACCUGACUCAGGGUCAUGCAAGAAGGUGAUUCCAAAGCCUUUGGAGAUGUGGGUCCAGCUGCAUGUCCCAUUAAGACCAACUCACCAGCCUUUUUGCUUUUCCUCUUGUAAAGUAUUUUGCCAGCCUGUGCCUGUUCUUUCUCCUCUGAUUUGCCUCAUUUAACGCUGUGGUCGAUAAGCAGGAGCGCCAGGCCCAGCCUGGGGCCACCAGGUUGCUGAGAAUCCUUUUUUUGGGCGUUUGAUUGAUGGCUUCGAUUUGUGUCAUUGAGUUCUUACCGAUCUCUUGUGUGUGUGCAUGUGCAUUUUCGAUCUCAGAGCAGAUAAGGGCCUGGAGGAUGAGCUUCCUGGGGUGUGGAUCCCAGCGUGACCCCAAGGGAUCAACUGGAUCGCUGCACCAUCACAUUUUGUCUGCAGAUGGGCUGCUGGGCAGGAUGCAAAGGGUGUGGAUGGUGAGGCAUCAUGAACAUCUGAGCGGCUCUGAUUCCAGGUUCUGGAAGAGGGAACAAACCCCUCGAGUGCCGGUUGAGCCAUCGGAGGGACUUGGAAAUGCAAACUGAUUUUUGCUGCAAGCUGGGUAAGGGGGGCUGGAGGAGAAUCGCCGCCUCUUGUUUUUCCUGCUCUUUCUGUAAACGUCCUCCUCUGGCUGCUCUCGGAGACAGGUUCCCGGCGAAAACGGACCUUUAAGCUAACCCGGGCUGACAGCGUUAUCACACAGGGAAGCGAGGAGCUCGCAAAUGCCAAACCUGGGUUAAUUUUAAAUUGCCUUUAACUAGACGUGGCCCCCGUUGAGGAAGGGGAGCGAGUAUUCCUGUCGUGUGAAAUACAGAAAAGUGCCACGUUCCCUGUCACGCAGAUGCUGGGCUGUGGGGCUGGGCCGUGCCUGGGGCCGUGGGGCCGCGUUGCCCCACGCCUGUUGCACAAGGAUCGUGUGGGCGAUCAGGACUCGGCUCGCGGCUGCUCGCAGGGCUCCUGGCAGCCGCGGGGACGCGGCUUUGUCCGUGCAAGCCCUGCUGUAACCACCCCAGAGUGAGAAUCACAGCUGCCGCAUCCCAAACAGAACAGUUUGGGACAGGUAGGAUGGUUGUUCAUUUGGUUUCUUUAAUUUUAAACCUACUUUGAUUGCAAAAACAGCUCCCUUAGAAACAACUUGCUGGAAAGUGACUGUCUUUGAGUAGCGUUGCGCCAUCGCAGAGCGCUGGGCCACCAAGUAAGCCUAAUAUUUCUUAAACCAGUAGGGGAAGAGGGAGAGGUGCCAAAAACAACCUUUGCAAGACAGAGCAGCUGGGCUGGAGCUGCAGAGCUGCUGCCCCACGGCCCACGGGCUCCUCCACCAUCCUCGUCAUUUCAUCCUCAUCCUUCCAUCCCCAUCCUUCCUCCCCUUGUUCUUUAUUCCGUGUGAGGCUUGCACGGGUGGCACGACGGGCGAUCCUCAAGCAUUUCACGAAGCCAAAAAGCUGGCAGCCGGGAUCCUCCCGCGUCUCCCAUUUCAGCCCGACCCGUGUCCGUGCGGAGCCCGAGCAGCCGUUCCUCCCGUCGCAGGGGCCGUUCGCUCAGUGUGUUCCCGCUCCCUCCCGCACUCGGCGGGUUUGGGCAGGUCACGGCCGCCUUCCCCUCGGCGACCCCGCGCUCCUGGUUGAACAUUGUCCUGGUGUCCUCACCCGCGGCUCCUGCAGUUCUGUCCCCCGUUCCCCUCCACUGACCUUCACCGCUUCCUCCUCCUUAUCGGACCUGAAGCACCAGAGCAGAUCAAGGGAAGGGGCUCCUGGAGCUGCCCGGGCGACUGAGAAACUGCGAAGUAGCGUUUCAGGGAAAGACUCUAUUAUUUUUAUCAAUCCGUGAAUUUAUUUAAUGUGCCUUUUGAAAGAACCUGCCCUUGAGGGGCUCCGGGGGGCAGAUGCGGGUGCCCCGGCUCUGGUUUUGUUGCUGUUGGAUUUCGGGGGGGUUCUUUCUCUUCCUUGUUAAAGCCUUGAAGUGGGAAGUGGAUCCGAUUGUUUUUAUUACCGUAUUAACAUUCAUUUUAAUUCAUUUCAGAAACUAACCCAUUUUUCUUCUUGAUUAGAAUGUCAUAGAAUUAGACGAGCUGUAACCCUCCUGAAGUGCCUUAUUUUUCCUAUAUGGUAUAAAUAUAUUUAUAAGAGUAAUUAUUCCACUGGUAUUUUAGGGGUUCAUGGCUGAGCAGAAGAGACGGUGGGAGAGGAGCUGCAAGUGCCCUCGAAGGGCCCGGCCGGGCGGUGUUUGGGGCGCUCUCAGGGUGCAGGGGUUACGCGUUUCAGACCAAAGGAGUUUCAGCAGUGAAACUCUGCUUAGAAAAGACAAAGAACCAACCUCAUGAGCAGGAAAUACUGUAGAUGCGUUUGGUUCCCUUCGCUCCGCAGAACCAGCACGUUGGCCGCCCCGCGUGCGCCAUGCGGCGGGUGCGAAGCUGCUGCCCCGGGGAGCGCAGCCCGGCCCGCGUCCGUACCUCUGUCUGUCUGUCUGUCUGUGCUUUCCCCACCGGUUGCUGUGUAAGCCAGGCUUUCCUGCUGCUUUUUUUAUAUAUAUACAUAUAUAUAUAUAUAUAAUCAGCUCAGUAACACCUGGAUGAAGAUCCCAAUUGCAGAUUUUUUUGUAAUGUACAUGUAAAAAAAAAAAAAAAACAAAAA